AUGCGAGAAUACCAAGAUUCAAAUCACAUGGAAAAAGUACUACCACAUGACGAGCACCAACCAGUGAUUUACAUACCUCAUCGCCACAUCUGCCGGCCAACGAGUACCACUACAAAACUUAGAGUGGUUUUUGAUGGGUCAAGUAUCAUGGACAGUGGUCUGGCAUUAAAUGACUAUCUACUAAAGGGACCUAAACUCCAAAAGGAUAUUAUUUGUAUUUUAAUAAAUUUUCGGUUUUCUAGGUAUGUCUUCAGUGCCGAUAUAAAGCAAAUGUUUCGACAGAUGCUCAUACAUCAUAAGUAUCGUCCAUACCAGUGCAUACUCUGGCGCAAUGAGCUAACUGGACCAGUUAUACCGUACCGUUUAAACACAGUCACAUACGGGAUGGUGACGUCACCGUAUCAAGCCCUUCGCACGUUAAGACAACUAUCUGAGGAUGAGGAGGCCACAUAUCCAGUCGCGUCCAAAUUGUUGAAACGUGAUUUUUAUGGGGAUAAGGUAAUGACCGGUAUGGAUACAACCGACCAAUUAUUAUGUCUUCAACAGGAGUUGAAUAGUCUACUGGAACGUGGUGGAUUUAAGCUACGGAAAUGGGCAAGUAAUUGUCCUGCCAUUCUAGAGAAAGUACCAUUGGAGCAUCGCGUCACACAGCUCCCUCUACACAACGAUUCGGAUACAGCCGUCAAAUUGUUGGGUGUUUCCUAG